AUCAAUGGCGUGCUCAGUCGACAUCGACGCCCAGUAACAUGCCUCACGGAGGUGACGGAUUGAUUAGGACUCCCGUCUAUAAAAUGGAUAAUCCAGAGCUUCUGUCAAACUGUCCCGUUCUGAUCAUCGUGCACUCUUCGAAACACAGAAGUACUGUACGUGGCGAACGUAAUCACCUGAAAGCCGCAGUAUCUGCUGCAUUUGUCCGUGCUGACUCGGAGCGCUAGCGCUGAAUUAAAUACCGAGUAGUACCUCUCAUUCCCAUUUGAGCCGGCGUGCUUGAUCCCCCGCCUUCCCAAUAUCUCAACCAUGCUUUCAACAGCAAAACGCGUUGGCAAUAGGAUCAUCGGAUAUCCCGAGCAGACGGUGACCACAAUCUCCACCGACACCUAUUUGAAGACCGUUGUGAAAGACCCAAAGAAUAGGGCGGUGAAUUACUUGACCAGCCUUUUCCCAAUCAUUGGAUGGAUCACGCGAUACAACUUGGGAUGGCUUACUGGCGACCUUAUUGCGGGCCUUACCGUAGGAAUGGUGCUUGUGCCACAGGGAAUGUCAUAUGCACAAAUUGCGACGCUUCCUCCUCAGUACGGUUUAUAUUCAUCUUUCGUUGGCGUUCUUGUAUACUGCUUCUUCGCGACUUCGAAGGAUGUCUCUAUCGGACCUGUGGCAGUCAUGUCGCUAACCGUGGCUGAAAUCAUUAGCGCUGUGGAUUCAAAGUACCCUGGUAAAUGGGAUAGCCCACUGAUAGCCACCACACUGGCAUUUGUUUGUGGAUUUAUCGUGCUUGGGAUCGGCCUCUUGCGCCUCGGCUGGCUUGUCGAGUUCAUACCCACACCGGCAGUCAGUGGUUUUAUGACUGGAUCUGCGAUCAAUAUAGUUGCAGGUCAGGUUCCUGGCCUCAUGGGUAUCACUGGGUUCAAUACUCGAGCCGCCACGUAUCAAGUUAUCAUCAAUACCCUCAAGGGACUUCCUGGUACGACUCUAGAUGCCGCCUGGGGUCUCCCAGGCCUUGUUGCACUCUACGCAAUCCGUAUAACUUGUGAUCAAUUAUCCAAGCGAUACCCCAGAAGAAGUCGACAAUUUUUCUUCGUCUCAGUUACAAGAAAUGCUUUUGUGGUGAUAGUGUUGACGAUCGCUGCUUGGUUGUACUGCCGAGACCAUAAAAGCGCCUCUGGUAAAUACCCAAUUAAAAUAUUGCAAAGUGUACCUGCAGGGUUCCAAAACGUGGGCGCCCCCGUUAUCAACAGCGAGCUCGUCAAUGCCCUCACACCACACAUUCCUGUCGCCACCAUCAUUCUUCUCCUUGAGCACAUAGCCAUCGCCAAAUCAUUUGGACGGGUUAAUGGAUACAAAAUCAACCCCAACCAAGAGCUCAUCGCAAUAGGUGUCACGAACACGAUCGGCACUCUCUUCCACGCUUAUCCCGCGACAGGAUCAUUCUCCCGUUCUGCUCUGAAGUCGAAGUCAGGCGUGCGGACUCCUUUGGGCGGUGUUGUCACUGCGAUGGUUGUCCUUGUUGCUCUCUAUGGCCUUACCUCAGCAUUUUACUGGAUCCCUAAUGCUGGGCUUUCAGCAGUCAUUAUCCACGCGGUCGCUGAUCUUGUCGCGUCACCUACCCAAGUAUAUUCUUACUGGCGCGUCUCCCCCCUCGAGUUUAUCAUUUGGUUGGCUGCAGUUCUGGUCACCGUCUUCUCAUCGAUUGAGAACGGUAUCUAUACCUCCAUCGCAGCGUCAUUCGCCCUCCUUCUGGUUCGCGUCGCACACCCUAGAGGAUAUUUCCUCGGGAAGGUUACCCUUAGACGUGACUCAACGGAAUCACGAGAAGUCUUUGUUCCGUUGCGCAAGGACGGCGUAACGAACCAAUAUGUCAAAGUUGACCCUCUCGUUCCGGGUGUGAUCCUGUACCGCUUCGAAGAAAGCUACCUAUACCCCAACUGCUCUCUCAUCAACUCCGCCAUCGUCGAUUAUGUAAAGGAGAAUAUGAGACGUGGGAUUGACUUCGGCGCGAUCCAUUUGGCUGAUCGCCCCUGGAAUGAUCCCGGACCAACUCGUGGUAACUCCGAAGCUGCGGAGGCAGCCAACAACGAAAGACCUGUCCUUCAUGCCGUUGUGCUAGACUUCUCUGGAGUAUCUCAUAUUGACACCACGGCUAUCCAAGCUCUCAUAGAUACACGGAACGAAGUCCAGAGAUGGGCAAACCAUCCUGUAGAGUUCCAUUUUGCCACCAUCCUCUCCCCCUGGAUUCGGCGUGCUCUCGUAGCCGCGGGUUUCGGCAUCGGUACCCCAGCAGUCGAGCUGUCAAGAGAAAUCGCACCUGUUGUACCCUACCGUGGCGGUCGCCGUGAAAAAUGGUGGGAUGACGCCGCCAGCUCAGGCUUGGAAGAUAUGGAGGCCCACAGCGAGUCUCCUCCUCCUACAUCGGAAGCGGUGCCUAUCGUCCCUAUUGAAACUCCCUUCUUCCAUUUCGACCUCACUAGUGCUGUCCGCGCCGCGGAGGCUGGUGUAGAGAAACCUGCCGACAGAGCUGAUACUCCACCGAUGAAAUCUAUUUAAAGCGGUUUAAUUUGAGGUUGAGUAGUCUAAGAUCUAUGUAACAACUUCACGGAAGUGUACUAAGAUGUACUAUAAACUGUGCCUAUAUUAGGACCUUGUGGUCUGGAUGUUGUACAUACCAUCAUAUCGAUGUCGCUCUCAUCAUUCUACUUCGCCCAUAUGUGGCCUCUUUACGCAGCCAUGAAGUGCAAAAUUUGAAUAGAAUUUGCUUCUUGUCAUG